CCCGCAACCAGGAACAAUCGCGUUAGACCAGCUGUGGUUGGUUGAUUGCUGAUAACCCCUCUCACGCCGCUAAUACCAAACAUGAGCCAGCGGCCAUGCGCAGGUGACUUGUGCAGUCGCAGGGGCGUGCAGGGUGCGACGAGAGUAAGACACCGGCGAGUCCUGUAUCUGCCGCUCCUGCAUCUCGCUCCUGCACUUGAUGGCAUUUGAUGGCAUGUCAAGCACACGCACGCAGCACUGCGCCCGACCCCAUUCUCGGCCAGAUUUUAUAAGCACAGCAAACAUGGCAAUGUAGCAGUAACCUCCCCCCUUCGCCAUCGCCACCAUGGCCCACAACCAGCGCUUCGAUCCGUACGCUGCAGGCGGACACAACGAGUAUUCCCAUCACCCCGACUAUGUGACCCACCCCGCCGACUCCAAUACCAACCCCAACCCCUACGCCCAGCCACAGACUGGCUACACCGGCAACGACGUGUAUGGCGAGCGCGCGGCGUACGACCCCGACGGGUACGACCGCACGUUCCGCUCCUCGUCAGAGAAGGGGCCGCACGCUAGCGAGCUGCCCGUCGCAGCCAGCGACGGGAGCAGCGACUUCAGCGAUAUGGACCCGCACUCGGGCGUCAAGCGCGGCCUUAAAACGCGCCACCUGUCCAUGAUGGCGCUGGCCGGCAUUAUCGGCCCGGGCCUGCUGAUCGGUGCGGGCGGCGCGCUCGCAAGGGGCGGCCCCGCAUCGCUGAUCAUCGGCUUCGGCGUCAUCGGCGUCGUCGCCUUCAGCAUCAUGCAGUCGCUCGGCGAGCUCACCACGCUGUAUCCGACUGGCGGCGCGUUCACGGGGUUAGGAGAGCGUUUCGUCGACCCCGCCUUCUCGGCUGCGCUUGGUUGGAACUACUUCAUCAUCUGGUUCUGCGUGCUCGCCAACGAGUAUAACGUCCUCACUUCAAUCUUUUCUGUUUGGACCACCAAAGUGCCUCAGUGGGGCUUCUUCCUGAUCUUUUGGUUUGUGUUCCUUGCAUUCCAGCUCCUCGGCGUCGAAUCCUUCGGCGAGGCGGAGUUCUGGCUCGCCCUCACUAAGCUCAUUGGGCUCUUCGCGUACUUCAUUUUCUCGAUUGUCUAUGUCGGCGGCGGUGUCAAGGGCGCGCCCGCCAUCGGCGCACAGUACUGGAAGGACCCCGGGCCGUGGGUGAACGGCUUCCGCGGCGUCGCGACCGUCUUCGUCUUCUGCUCGACUUUCUACGCUGGCGUGGAGAGCAUCGCGGUGGCGGCGACCGAGACCAAGAAUCCGCGCCGCGCCGUCCCCAUCGCGAUCCGCCAGACCUUCUGGCGCAUUAUCUUCGUCUACAUGGGUUCUGCAAUCUUCUAUGGCCUUACGUGUCCCAGCAACGCGCCCGGCCUCAUCGGCGGCUCCAAGGCCGCCGUCAAGAGCCCAAUGACGAUCGCGAUCCAGAACGCCGGGUGGGAGGGCGGCGUGCACCUCGUCAACGCCUUCAUCUUCGUGACUUGCCUCAGCGCCUGCAACUCGUCGAUCUACAUCGGCUCGCGCACGAUUCUGCACAUGGCGCAGAGCCGGACGGCGCCCAAGUUCCUUGGAUGGACUGACCGCCGCGGCGUGCCCAUCCCCGCCAUCCUGCUCACGAACGCGUGCGGCGCCCUCAGCAUGAUGAACCUCUCCACUGGCGCCGGCAAGGCAUACAGCUACAUCGUGAACCUGUCGGGCGUGUCUACGUUCCUCGUCUGGGGCUCGAUCAGCUUCAUCCACAUCCGCUUUGGGCGUGCAUGGACCGCGCAGGGUUACUCCCGCGACGACCUGCCCUUCAAGUCCAUGCUGUACCCGUACAACGCGUGGUUCGGGCUCCUCGCAAACAUCUUCCUUGCUCUCGUGCAGGGCUGGACCACGCUUUCGCCCUUUGACGCAGGCUCGUUUGUCGACGCAUACAUCCUCCUUCCUCUCUUCUUCGUCAUUUACGUCGGGUACAAGGUCAUUUUCAAGACACGCUUUUUGCGUCUCGACGAGAUCGACCUCCAGUCCGGUCGUCGCCGUGACGUUGACGACCUUCAGAAGCCUUCUGCCGCUAGCUUUGACUCCCAGACACGUCCGAGUCUGUGGAAGCGCUUCUGGACGAAUUUCUAGUGUCUGCGUGUUCGGCAUAGCUGAGGCUUUGGAAGCUUCCUGCGGGCGGCUUUCUUUUGUGUAUGUUAGCGUUCUGGUAUGCCAUAUAUGACGGCAAUCUCUGUCAUUUCGCUUUGCUCUCCGAGAGCAAUACGAAGCUCUACCCCAUUCUCUUCGACCCGUUAUGCAUGUUGGCCAUUUCAAUGACCUCCAUUAAGGGGAACGCUCCAGCUUGCGAGGCACGAUGUGAGGCCCUCAGUUCAUGAUCGAGCGUGAGCAGCAGGCACAGGCACUGACGUGAUGAGGUCAGCACAUUUUGAGGAGUGCUGAGUGAAAUGACGCAGUAUGGUGCCGAGAAUGAAGUCGGGGAUGAAAACGGACGUGCAGCUGUCGUCGAGCUCUGUACGUUCUGUACUGGCAUUCCACCGGGAAUGCUGGACGCCAUCUGUCUUGAGGAUCAGGUGGUUCGGGCGUCGACCGUGUUUCACCUCCAGAGCCGAUGAAUAGCUUGCGC